GACCUGGAAUGACAGAAGAUUCAAAGAGCAAAAAGGGAAGGGGGAACAACGGAGUGGCUUGCCUGGCUUGGAUUGGAAUCUCAGCUUCCCCGACUGGUUGGAAUUCUGCUUUGAGCGUCUUUAAGCUGUCUCGGGCCACUUUCUUGUCUUGUUCGCAGUUUUCAUUAUUCAUGACUCAAAUCGCCAACCGUGCGCACCAAUUCUAACGUGCGCACUUCCCAUCGCACGAAGCCACCGCGUUCCGCUGGAAUUGCAGUCGGAGGGGGGGCACGAGUUGAAGAAGGAGGUGAGGGAGGACCAUGGCUGAUCUAUUUGCGUGGCUCAUCUCCUUCUUUCUCCUUAUUGCCUUACUCGUCAUCGUCACCUACCAGCUGAUGUGUUUGGCUGACCUAGAAUUUGAUUAUAUAAAUCCUUACGACUCCUCAUCCCGGAUAAACAGAGUUGUUUUCCCCGAGUUUAUCAUGCAAGGUGUCCUCUGUUUGUUCUACCUUGUGACAGGGCAUUGGGUUAUGUCACUUUUCAGUGCUCCAUACCUAUACUACAACGUGAGAUUGUAUAGGCGAAGAGAGCAUCUUGUUGAUGUUACCGAGAUUUUCAAUUCACUCUCUUGGGAGAAAAAACAACGGCUCAUCAAGCUAUUCUAUCUCGUUUUCAUCCUUUUCCUCUCCAUAUUUUGGAUGAUCUACACGUCACUAGAUGACGAUGAAUAAUUAAAGAUGAUUGCUUGUAUUGUGGAAUGCUAUCUGGAAGUACCACCAGCCAGUGCAACAAAGUUUUCAAAACCUGUAUGGUAUAGAGCAGAUAACUAUUUCUUUAACCUGUACUUUUUGAUGAAUUGCGGGGUUUUGGUUGUAGAAAUAAGAUCGUACCCUGCACGUUGGAUAUAUAUAUCUAUUAAAUUAUAGUUUCGUUCAUGUAUUGGAUAUAGCUAAUAUCUCAGGGAGAGGUAGGAUGGUACCGCACUUAUAACGAAAUUCCUUUUAUAACCAGUGACCAUUCUGUUUCUGUGGAUUUCGUUAUUGUUUUCACAUUAAUUUAAAAAUUCGCUUUCUGUU